CUUCCCCUCUCCUUCACUUGCGUCGCGCGUCGCGACACGCCUCCCCGUGUCCCUCCACCACCGCCCCCGCGCGCCCGCACUCUCCCUCCGGCGGCGACCCCCCUGCCGGCGAUCGCUUCGCCGCCGCUCUCGCGGGCCGUCCCCCUUCCGCGCUCGUGAGGCGAGGUGAGGGGACGAUGUGGUCGUCCAGCCAGGCGAGCACGAGGGGCGUCGUGGAGAUGGGGAGGGUGGAGGCCGGGCCUUCCCAUUUCCCCAAGAGGCCCGCGCCCCGGAAUCCCGCCAGGAUCAAUCUAUCAAGGACACAUGCAGUUAAGCCUUGCGCAGCUGGCGAGCACUCGGGAAUUUCAGUCAAAUGCAACUUGGGAUGGUCUCCUCAACCAUCGCCUGACUUGAGGCAGCACUUUAGAGGAUAUUCAUCAGCAUCAGAGGCAGUUCUUACUUCCCAAUCUGAUUUCAGAAAACUUUUUGUUGGCAAUGAGAAAAUUGGCGUUCUCUUGCUCAAUCUUGGGGGCCCAGAGACUCUCGACGAUGUGCAGCCUUUCUUGUUUAAUCUUUUUGCAGACCCGGACAUUAUCCGUCUUCCUAGGCUGUUUCGCUUUCUGCAGAAGCCACUAGCACAAUUCAUAUCGGUAGUGAGAGCACCAAAGAGUAAGGAGGGUUAUGCAUCCAUAGGCGGCGGUUCUCCUCUCCGACAAAUUACUGAUGCACAGGGGGAAGCACUGAGGGAGGCAUUAUGUGAAAAAGAUGUUCCUGCCAAGGUGUAUGUUGGAAUGCGAUAUUGGCAUCCCUUCACUGAAGAAGCCAUAGAACAAAUAAAACGGGAUGGAAUCACAAAACUUGUUGUGCUGCCUCUAUAUCCUCAGUUCUCCAUAUCAACUAGUGGUUCGAGUCUCCGUUUAUUGGAGAGCAUAUUCAGAGAGGAUGAGUAUCUGGUGAAUAUGCAACAUACAGUUAUACCUUCAUGGUAUCAACGAGAAGGAUAUAUCAAGGCUAUGGCAACUUUGAUUGAGAACGAACUGACAAAAUUUCCAGAACCCCAAAAGGUUAUGAUAUUUUUCAGUGCUCAUGGAGUUCCUUUGGCAUAUGUUGAAGAAGCUGGUGAUCCUUAUAAAGCAGAGAUGGAAGAGUGUAUCGAUCUCAUCAUGGAAGAACUUGAAAAAAGAGGAAUAACAAAUCCAUGUACACUUGCUUAUCAGAGCCGAGUAGGACCAGUGGAAUGGCUGAAACCGUACACUGAUGAGACAAUUGUUGAGCUUGGGCAGAAAGGGGUCAAGAGCCUUCUAGCUGUUCCCAUUAGUUUUGUUAGCGAACACAUCGAAACUUUGGAAGAAAUCGAUGUGGAAUACAAGGAGUUGGCUUUAGAAUCUGGCAUCAAGAACUGGGGACGAGUUCCUGCAUUAGGCUGUGAACCAACUUUCAUUUCGGAUCUUGCUGAUGCUGUUAUUGAAAGCCUGCCAUAUGUUGGCGCAAUGGCAGUUUCCAAUCUUGAGGCUCGGCAGUCACUUGUACCCCUUGGGAGCGUGGAGGAGCUGCUAGCAGCAUACGACUCGAAGCGCGACGAGCUGCCCCCACCGGUGAUCGUGUGGGAGUGGGGCUGGACGAAGAGCGCGGAGACCUGGAACGGCCGCGCCGCCAUGCUGGCCGUGCUGGUUCUGCUAGUGCUGGAGGUGACGACCGGGGAAGGGUUCCUGCACCAGUGGGGAAUACUGCCGCUGUUCCGCUGAAGCCGACGGUUCUCCUGCCCUCUUACAUCUGGCCGUAAUUUUGCUGCAUCUGGAGCACCUUUCGAUGCUGUAUAUGAAUCCAUUUGCUUUCGCUCGUGUCAGAAAAAAAAGGGAACAAGACCUGGUAUAUCAUGUUAUACUGUAACGAUUCGUCGGAAAAAAUUGUUAUACCGUAAAAGUGAAAAAUAUGGGACAUGCAGUAUGAAGACGAUGCACAAACCUAACACGCGUGGACACUUGUUUGCCACACUAUGGAAACUCAUUGUUGGCUAA